GUCCGCAACAAAACACCAUCCACAACGGUAAUCCGGAAUUGAGAAUUGACAGGCGCCAUGUCGCUCCUUGCUCGCGCCCGCGCGUUGGUCACGGAACCCGCGAAUGCGAGAUAUUUACUCCCUGUGUUGCUGCUGGUGGAUGCGGUGCUGUGCGCUGCGGUGGUGAGAUAUGUACCUUACACCGAAAUCGACUGGCGCGCCUACAUGCAGCAGAUCGCGCUCUACAACGCAGGCGAGCGCGACUACGCCAAGAUCCGCGGCGACACGGGACCCCUGGUGUAUCCCGGGGCGCAUGUGUGGAUCUACCGCAUGCUGUACUGGGCCACGGACGAGGGGCGCGAUGUUGGUAGGGCGCAAGGGGUGUUUGUGGGGGUGUAUUUGGGGUGUUUGGGGGUUGUGGGGUUGUGUUAUCGGAGGGCGAAGGUCCCGCCCUAUGUGUUCCCGCUCCUGGUGCUGAGCAAGCGCAUGCACAGCAUCUUCAUGCUGCGCUGCUUCAACGACUGCUUCGCGGUGCUGGGGCUGUGGGUCGCCAUCUACGCCUGGCAGCGCGGCUACUGGCACGCCGGCAGUCUGGCGUACACGGUCGGGCUGAACGUCAAGAUGAGCUUGCUGCUGCCGCUGCCGGCCAUGGGGCUCGUGUUUCUGCAGGCGCUGGGCAGCAGGGAGGCGAUCACGCAGGCGAUGAUUAUCUUCCAGGUCUCGGUCCUGUUCGGCUACCCGUUCCGCAAGCAGAGCUUCAGCUACUUCGGCCGCGCGUUCGAGUUCUCGCGCGCCUUCUUCUACAAGUGGACCGUCAACUGGCGCUUCGUGUCCGAAGAGACAUUCCUCUCCAAGCCGUUCGCGCUCGGCCUGCUCGCGGUCCACGCGGCCCUGCUCCUGUUCUUCGCGUACUCGCGCUGGAUCCGGCCGUCGAAGCGCUCCGCGCGCCAGUUCCUCGCGCUCGUGUUCCCCGCCCGCGAGCCGCGCGACCAGGACAUCAUGGCCCGCCGCGUCACGCCGGACUUCAUCAUGACGGUCGUCCUGACCGCCACGACCAUCGGCAUACUGUGCGCGCGCUCCCUGCACUACCAGUUCUACGCGUACAUUGCGUGGAGCACGCCGUUUCUGCUGUGGAAGGCCGGAUUCCACCCCGUCGUGCAGUAUGCGCUGUGGGCCGCGCAGGAGUGGGCGUGGAACGUGUACCCGAGCACGCCGGCCAGCUCGGCGGUGGUGGUGGGCUCGCUGGCGGUCGCCGUCGGCGGCGUGUGGUGGGGCACGCGGCACGAGUUCGUGGGCGCGACCAAGGGCAUCAUCGAGGAGCCGCACGAGCACGCCGAGUAGCUCACGCAUCCUCGUCGGAGUCGGUCGGCGGCAUCUUGCCCACGGUCGACGCCUCGUCGUCGCUGUCCUCGUACGCCGGCUUCUUGACGAACUCGCCGGGCCUGGCGCCCGUUAGCACCGCAUAUAUACCCCGCCUAGUAGACAGCACAUACCAAUACGGCGACUUGCGCCACGCCUUCUCGUCGC